CCUCUUAAUUGAAAAAUAUUAUUCUUGCAGUUAUUGGUGAGGCACAACUAACUGAAGGACGCAGAAGAAGAAGCUCUCGCGACUUGAAGUGACCAUUGUCUUGCGCCUCGGCUGCUAGUUUAAACGUGUGUGACGAUCACGACAUGGAAUUAAACGCAUUUGAAACUGACCUACUCGACAGCAAUAGUUGCUUUUCAUUGGCCGAGACGCAGGGAACAUUUUCGAUGGAUGCUUUUAUUGAUGGCGUCGAUGUUAGUAAAGGAAAUUUUGUAUGUAUGGGUGAAGGGAAAAAUGAAAACACUGGGACUGAUAAAUAUAAGUGCACAACCACUGUUGGUAUCAAAGAAAAAAUAAGCUGUAAAAAGCUAUCAUCUUCACAUGCAAAUGCCGAAGUUAUUAAGGAAAUGACCCUUGUAGAACCCAUUGAACGAGCAUGGAGGCCGGCGGAAACUUUACAAGCUUAUAACACCAGCUUAGGAUCAGAAGCUGAAAAUGUUCUACCUGAAGUUUCUCAUAAUACUCCUGUAGAUUGUAGUAGCUUCGCAAAUAUCAAUGAGUUUAAUUUGUGCCUGAACAACAUAAUUAACUAUGAUGAUGAUGAUUUAAUCCCGGAACCUUUAUCGCCUAGGGUGAUAAUUCUAACAGAUAACAGUGACCAUAUUAGCAGUAUCCGUUGUUCAAGUCACGAUUCCGCUGACAAUGAGAAUCAACGUUUAGCAACCAGGAGUGAAGACCAGAUGCAGAACAUUUUUGAUAUCGUAGAGUUGAGUGAAGACAUAGAAUUACAACGCUUUCGAAUAGGCGAUCAAGCCCAACGGCAGGCAUUUAGCAUUGACCAUGAAUAAGAAAAAUAUGAAUUUAUUUGACCUCAAGAACGGCGAACCACAUAAUGUGUAUGAUUUAACAAGCAUUUCCUUGGCAACGAACUUUACAACCAUGAUAAAAAGAAAGUAGUUUCACUUCAAAUUUUGUCUUCAGCCGACCCCAAGUUUAGUACAUUAUUGUAUACACACACAGUGACCCAAAUAUAAACUGGAACGCGACAUUUUAGCAGGUUUUGGCUAUUUUUAUUUUUGUAUAUUUAAUGUUUAUUGUUUUUUAUGAAAGUAUUGCCGAUUACUUAACAAACACCAUAAAAAUCUAAAUUACAUACUAUGUGCAAAAACUAUGAAAAUUCUGCAAAAUUUCACCAACUUUUUUAACUUUUUGGUCAGCAUCUUUAGAAAAAAUUUUCGUAUAUGCGGUUUUGUAACCCAUUAGAUUUUUGUAUAAUGAAGUUCAAAUUUGAAGAAGUAAGACUUACCCAUAAUUUUCGGUUUUUUUUUGAUGCCGGUGUUCCGCAUAUUUUUUUUUUUCAUAUAAAACAAAUUGUCAAGUAUACUUCGUAGGGAAAAAAAUAAAUCGAAUUUAAAAUUAACAAUCUGAUAGCUAUAUUUCGAUGAAAAUAUCAUAGUGCCAGCAAAAGUAAAGUGGCUGCAUGUCAUUACAUGGAACUACCUUCCGUUUUGUAUCAUGGUUUAAAAAUAAAAAUAAAUGAAGUUAAGGUGGCAAUCAACUCUUGUUUGUAAUGUAAAUAUUUUUAAAGUUUUUAAUUACAUGGUAUAUUAUUUUUAUAACAUAUUCGUUAUUUAAAACUGGUAAGCUACUGUAUAUGUACAUAUAUUUAGAGCUACAUAAUGUUUGCGAAAAAUCAAACAUCAAAAAUUUCAAUAGAAAUAACAAAGAAAGAAGUUUAUGAUGGAGCUAAAAACCUACAUACAUACAUAUGCCUGCGUUCAACGAAUUAGCACCAAAAUUCAAAAUGAUUUUUUUUUGCAA